CCAGCCCAACAAUCCAGAGGGGCACUUCUAAGCCAGGAACAUCUUCAGGAUGGACAUUUUCCUUCUCUGUGUGUUUCUGCCUCUGGUGACUGUGGCAUGGGGCCAGUACAGUGACGAUUACUAUGGUCCCUAUAAUUAUGGAGAUAAUGAUGAAUGGGUCAAUGUGUACCGGCAAGGUUUCAACUUUCAGUGCCCGCAUGGGCAGGUGAUCGUCGCCGUCAGAAGUGUCUUCAGCAAGAAGGAAGGCUCUGACAGACUGUGGAACUAUGCCUGCAUGCCAGCAUCCCAGAGCCUCGGUGAGCCGACAGAGUGCUGGUGGGAAGAGAUCAACAGAGCGGGAACCGAAUGGUAUCAAACCUGCUCAAAUAAUGGGCUGGUGGCUGGUUUCCAGAGUCAGUAUUUUCCAUCUGUGCUGGACCGUGAAUGGCAAUUUUACUGCUGCCGCUAUAGCCGGAGGUGCCCAUAUUCUUGCUGGUUAACAACAGAAUAUCCAGGACACUAUGGAGAAGACAUGGACAUGAUGAUGUACACUUACGACUAUUACAUCCGUGGGGCAACUACAACUUUCUCUGCUGUGCACAGGGAUCGUCAGUGGAAAUUUAUUGUCUGCAGGAUGACAGACUAUGACUGCCCAUUUCAAAAUGUUUAAAAAGAUUGAGUGUACUCCAUUCGGAAAUCUUGGAGACAGACAGGGUGGGAUAAAAUUAGUGAUUACAGAGAAGAGGGAUUAGGCUCACAAAAAUGUACCAAGACUCAUCACCUGUCCGCUGAAGUCAAAAUUCUUUACCUCUGGAGCUAACACGUAAAUUGCCAACCCACAUGCUUGCAACAGUGAAUUCAGAGGAUUCUUUCAAGCUGCACUGACAGUUGUAUCCCCCAAUUAAAUUUGCUUAUGACAUAGACAUUUAUGAUACACAAAUCUAUGGCAUAUACAGUUAUCUUUCUUAUAUAUACAUGUAGCCAUUCCAAACAUGUACAACUUCCUUUCAUGUAGCAGGUCUAUAGAAAUGGCUUCCUAGUGCCAUAGCCCCUCUGAAUGAGGUGGAAACAUACUAUAUGCUUCCCAACAUGCACUAGACUUUCCUGUCUUCUACUUUGUACUUGGAACCAAUCCAGUGACCCCAAACAGCUUCUCAGAGCUGGAAGUGUGCAGAAAACAUUAUUGGGAGUUGUAUGAUGGGCUGCACCUGGCAUUACCUGUUACAGCCCUUAGCAUAACUCCACUGCAACAAAGGUCUGCCCACACAGGAGAAUUCCAGGUAUUUACAACAGGAAGACAUCAGUAUCUGAUAAAAAUGAGAGUAGAUCCAUCAAUAAAAACAGAGGACUAACCCAGCUUUA